UUUGCUAUAGGAGGGCGACCUCCUAGGGCAGAGAGUUCAUGAGUUUUGUAACUCAUGAACCGUGAAUGGCUUUGAAUGCACUGUAGAUGGCUGUGAAUAUACUGGCUUGCUGGUCCUGUCCAAAAUUCCUGUAAGUAGUACUAAAAAACGCGUCUGAAAAAAAUACGGAGGUCUAGACAUUUCCAUGAAUUAUAGUGUGAUUUUGAUUGGAUCCGACAUUCUAUUUACACGUUAUUAAGACUGUACGAAUCUAAGAAAUUGAAGAAAUCGCACCGGGAAUCAUGGUACCUUUCCCACGUAUGGAAAUUUAUUGACACUGCAUUUGACAGUAUAGAAAACAUUGAUGUUCUAAGUCAAGAAUGCUCGAGCGUAAGCUCCAGCAAAAGAAAAAAUAAAGAUCGAUCGAUUGGAGGUGUUGAGAUGCGAGAACGGAAAAAGAUGGGCUAUAGAUGUGACAUGAUCUUUUGCGAGAAUCGAGUCGGUCAUGAUGAGAUAAUCGAGUAUGGUGCUGCUGAAGCAGGAAAAUCGUAUGAUGGGGAAGAAGGUACGAAAAGAUUAGAAGAAGGGUCGAAAAAACUUCCCAAGUGCCUAAAGGAUAUCUUCUCUAUUUGAGACCUUAUCUUGCCCAUGUGAGAAAAUCAUGAUUUGUGAUACACAUACGUUGGUAAUUCGUGGUGGUGAAUCAAUUCUCGGAGGUCAAGACCAAAGAUCCAAACCAUUGGAUUCGUGCAUUCUGGCCUAGAAUCAUUUUUUAUGACUGCAGGUUGCCCUGGAAAUUACACUACAAGGAUAAUCAAGUCGAAAAAAACCCAUAUCUUUAAUGAUAUCUCAGGCUUUUAUCUAAGCAGUUUUAGCCGCCUCUCUAUUCUGCUUGGAUUGCCAAAGAGGCUGUCAAGGACGUAAGAGAUAUACUGUAUGCAUCCGGUCAAUGUGAUGGUGCCCAAAACUCAAACUGGCUAGAUGACUACUGGGAUGAAGAAG